GAAAACAACAAACACGAGACGGCAGUGGGAUGAUAGGACAAAGAUCUUCUUUGUGUGACCCACAAUGAGAGAUCUCAAGAACUCUGAAGAACUUUCAUGAGAACAGCUCAGGACAGGGAGGUCAUUUCUUUUCUCCUAUGGAUAGGAUGCUGGUUUGUGUGCUUGAUGCAGUGCCGUUAUCAUCGCAGGUAACCGAGAGAUCAUGGCUGGGAGACAGUUACAUCAUCUCUGGGUGGCAGCUGUACUACUGACCUCAGGGGUGACUACAUGCUCAGUGAAAAAGAAUGGCACAUCUCUGAAAUACAUUCCUACUAAUGAAACUUCAACCCUCACUGAAUUGAUCCUGAGUUACAACAAAAUUGAGAUGUCCAGGUCAGAUGUAACGGCCUUACAGCAGUAUACCAGUUUGAGGGAGCUUGAUCUCUCUCACAACCUCAUACAGAAACUGUCACCGAGAGCUUUCGACAACCUCACAAACCUGGAGACUCUGAACCUGAGGGCAAACAGUCUACAAACCCUUCCUGAAGACAUCUUUAAAGGAUUAACUAAACUAAAGAUUUUGCAUUUGGAAGACAACCUAUGGAACUGCUCCUGCUCGCUCGCUAAUAUCAUCAAACAGCUCAAUAACUCUGGUGUAUCAAUAGGUAGAGAAAUCACUUGUUAUACAGAGGAAGUGCCUGAUAAAAGAGUCUUAGAUGAAAAGAUUUUAUGCUCCAUUCAGCCCAUUAAGAUAUCUGUAGAGAUGAACACUACAAAUACAACAGCAACACCGCUGCCUUUCAUAGAGCCCACCAACAGCAGUCAUGUCAACAGCUCAAACAAAGGGACCAGUACUGGUGCUGCUGGGAAACCAACAGGAAGCAACAGCUGGAAGUUCCUCCUCGGUGUGGUAGCAAUCACCCUCAGCACUUCCAUAAUCAUCAUAUGUGCCGUCAAGUCACCUUCUUGGUACAAACUGCUCUUCAAUUAUCGCCACCAGAGGCUGCACGAGAACAUGGAGCCAAACGUCUUCCACACCGGACGCUAUUCUAACUUCAGUCUGGACACAGAACAGACGGAGACGAGCAUUCAAGAUCUUGAUGAAGGUCUGAAUCACAUGCUGAGCUUCCAGCAUCUGGAGGAUGAUGAUGAUGGCUUUAUAGAGGACGGCUACAUCGAGCCAGGAGGCUACAAAGAUAGCAACGAUGUUGAUGAAUCCUGAGUGACAUCACUGGCAGGAACUUGUAUCAAACGGGUGGAUGAAUACGUGGAAAAACACAAUCUAUGAUCACACACUGAGACUGUGUGAGACUGGUGCUGUGGGGCAAUAUUAACCUAAUAACAGAGCCAUAAACCAAUUGAACACAAGAUCACAACUGAAACUGCACAUGCAAGUAUCGCGGCAUGUACUAUAAACAUAAUUUGUUGUUUCUAUAACCCACCUUAACCCUUCCCAUAUCUGUACAUUUCUUGCACUUUAUAAUAGGGAAUUUCAAACUUUGCAUACAGGUCUUAAAAUGUAAGAUGUCAGUGAUGCAUACAAUUUGUCCAAGGAAUGGAUGAAUAUUUCAACAGAAGUAGAUUUGAAGGUAUAAUGUGAAUGUGCUAAAGAGAAGCGUCUGCAAUGUUUUCACUGGUUUAUAAGUUUGCAGCUUCUGCCCUCUUGUGUUUCUUCAACACUCAAAGGACAAACCCUUUAGUAUUUACUUGUAAAGAGACAAAGGCACUUACUUUCUCCUCUCAGUGAAUAUAAUGUCCAUACUUUGAGCUUCUCUGUCAUUCUGUGCUCUCAGCUAAAGACACAAAGAAAAAAUACAUUGAGCAGAAUAAAGAAGAGGACAUUAUAUAACUGUGUGUUCAAAUGAAGUGAUCUCACCAUGAUGACGUCAUUUACAACUUCAUCCAUCUCGGUGUUUGUGUUCAGCUUGUCAACCAGCUGGUAAUUUGACGGACAACAAUUAUUUAAAAAAAUGAUGACGUCAUACAUUUCAAAAUGGCAAUUAUAAGCUGUGGCUGCUCAUCACUGCCACUAUGUAUUUCUGAAAAACUUCUGAAUCAAAGAGUUAUAUUGAUUCUAAAUAUAAAUGCUUGUCCUGUCGUGUGUUUUAAUGAAUAUAAUU